GGCACGUCAUGCCUCGCAAGGACAUGGGCUCAGGACCGUCGGUAAGCGCGCAGGCACAGCAGGACGCCGCGUCAGACGGGAUCGACGCGUACGAGCUUCCGAAGAGCUUGGUCACGAAGCUUGCGAGGUCUGCUAUACCUGAGAAUGCGAAGCUGCAGAAGGAGACUGUGCUCGCGCUCAUGAAGGGUUCGACCGUGUUCAUCAACUAUCUCGGUGCGGCGCACGACGUCGCAUCCCAAAAGCAACACAAGAGCGUGUCGGCCUCGGACGUGCUCAAAGCCCUCGAGCUACUAGACCUCGGCGACAUGAUGCCAAAACUGCAGCAAGAGCUGACAGCGUACCGCAACAACCAGAAACCCGACAAGAGGCGCGGAGGCGCAAAGGGCAAGGCCAAAGAUGCUGGCGAAUCUGCAUCCGCAAAGGCGAAAGGCAAGGCUAAAGCUCCUGUUACGCCAACAAUAACGAUUCCGGGGCGUGUGCCGCCGCCGCCACCACCCGCAGAGAACGAUGCGAUGAACGAAGAACCAGAUGCGCAGCAGCCCAGGGGCGAGGACGAUGACGAGGAGAUGAUGGACGCGGACAUACAGGACGAGGAGGACAUUGAUGAGGACGAGGAUGUCGAAGAUGAGGAUGAGGACGAAGGCGAGCAACUUGCGGACGAAGCUGCGCUCGAGGAUGAGGGGCUCAGGCAGGAUGCGAGGGACGUAGAAGAGCGCGAGCGGGAUGGAGAGGACGAGGAGUGAUGCGUAGGUGUAUACGGUCUCGGAGUUCGUUCCCAGCGAACGACUACUGUACUACUGUACGGUUUCCAGUUGUGGUUUCUUCGCUACUUUCUCAUAGAUGUGUAAAUUUGGUGCUAUUUCUACC